CUGACCAACAGAAGCGCGCGGUUGGUUGAUCAUAAAAGUGGCAUUCAGGCCCAUGAAGGAAGCGACGGUCUCGUGACUCGCAAACCCUAGCUCGCGAGCACAGGGCCACAAAACCACACCCCUCUCCCUGCCCGCCGCCACUUGCCGCAACUCCUCCACCAGAAAGGGAAGCACGCCGGAGUCCCAUCUCCCCGGCCGUCAAAAUGGUGAAUGUUCCGAAGACCAAGAAGACCUACUGCAAAAACAAGGAGUGCAAGAAGCACACACUUCAUAAGGUCACUCAGUACAAGAAGGGUAAGGACAGUCUGUCUGCCCAGGGAAAGCGUCGUUAUGACAGGAAGCAGUCGGGAUAUGGUGGUCAGACCAAGCCUGUUUUCCACAAGAAGGCAAAAACCACAAAGAAGAUUGUGCUGAAGCUGCAAUGCCAGAGCUGCAAGCACUACUCCCAGCGUGCCAUCAAGAGGUGCAAGCAUUUUGAGAUCGGUGGAGACAAGAAGGGCAAGGGGACAUCUCUUUUCUAGACUGCUUUCACCUAUCUGGAGUGGUGGUGGUCAAGAAGUAUUACUACUUGUGUUAAGAGUUUGUUGUUAGGAGUUAAAUUAAUCAGACCUUGUCAUGUAUCCAAACUCCUGUGUCUCGCAUUUAAGCAAGAGGCGACUUUUGGCUAAGUGAAGUUUUGUAGCUUGAAUCCUCUUUCAUUCCGUAUAAUGUCUUUAUUUUAA